CACUGAUUGACUGGCAGGGAGAAAGCACAGACUGGUGGGGGGGGAGCACUGUGACUGGCUGGCGGAAGUCACUGAGUACUGAUUGACUGGCAGCAAGUUGUACUGAUUGGGAGCGGGAAUGACUAGCUGGUUAGACACUAAUUGACAGGGGAGAAACACUGCUGGGGAGCACUGAUAGACUGACAGGGGGAUAUUACUGAUAGAGUCGGAGAGGGAAGGCCCCAAUUAACUAGAAGAGGGAAUUGCAUAUGGAAGAGAUCACUUCCUGAAGGUGUGGUAUAAUUAACAGGAAGUACUGAUUGACUGACUGGGAAGGGGAUUCACUAUCUGGGGGAGCACUGACUGACUUGGAGGAAAUACUGAUGGCCUGUGAAUGAGUUCCCCGGACUAAGGGUGUCACUGACUUGGGCUGCUUAUCGAUGGACUAGGAGGGGAAGAAUGGGCUUUACUCAUUUAGAGGGGUCAUUAAUGCUGGUCAUUAUAUAGAGUACUACUGAUUGUGGGGGUAGAGGAGUUUUGACUUAUUGAUAGGGUGAGAGAAUCAGUGACUUAAGGGCCAUGGACUAAGAGGUCAAAUACCAGACCUGAAAACAACUAAUUGAAAAGACUUACUCAGAACUGCACCAUAUUUGUAAUAGCGAGAGAGAUUUUGUCAUCACAAAAUGCACGUUUCAUACCAAUGGCUUUACAAUUGAGGUGCAAGUGUGUGUUUGUUAAAUUGUUAAACUAAUUUAGCAUUUUUCUUUUUAAAGCUAAUUGAUUUAAAAUUAUUGGAUGCCAAGUCAAAUUACAUUUUUAUAAGUUACCAACACCCAUGGAAUGUUACCAGUCUAUAAACCACUAAAUAAAGAAAUGAGCAAAGUGAGAUGUGAUUACUAGUUUCACUUUAAAAUUUAUCUCAAAGGUUUUUACUAGUCUUUUCUCUUGGAUAAUCCAACCGUAUAGCACCACAAUCACUCCCCAAAAAAAAACAUGCACUGCAAGCAUAUUCUAUGCAUGGUUAUACAAUACUUGGUCCAUGUGUUUGCAAACCUUAACACAAUAGUUUUAGAAACAUGGUUUCAGUAGCCAAAACAAUAUUGGUUACUAAAUGUUCAAUAACAGCCAAAUUCAUCAGAUUUAUGCAAAUACAUAUGCAGUAAUUUAGUAAUGGGCAAAUUAAAUAUGUAUAAAUUUAGUUUGGUACAUCCAGCUAAUCGAGUGAGAAUUAGAUUUCAGGUGAACUGAAACUUCAUUUGGACAUAGACUCAGGGGUUACACUUGGGGAAGACUUAUCAACCCCCAAAUUCGGCAAUUUUUUGCUUCUGGUUAUCCUUGAAUGAAAGUUCUUGGUUACAGAGAAAGGCUUUGUAUAGUCGCUAGUUCUUUGCGAAGACUUGUUGAAAUUGUCUGGGUUAUCCACUGAAGUGAGAAUUCAAAGUGAAGUUCAAAUGUAGGGACAAAAUGGAUUAUUUUCUCUCAAGUCAGCUAUGCUUCCAAAUCUGUUACUCUGACCAUAUAUUAUAAAUUCACUUUGAAUUCUCACUUUAGUAGAUAACCCUUGUAUGUCUAAUAAACCAUUGAUAUUGACUUUUUUUUUGUUUUGUUUUUUUAAUCUUUCCUUAUGUCAGGUUUCAGUGCUCCAGUCAACCUCUGAUCCAUCACGAAAAAUAUGUGUUGCAAACACACAUUUAUAUUUUCAUCCAAAAGGUAAUUUUUUACUUGUCUACUUCAGACUUUUAGGAAUACCGAGAUUUUUACAAGUGAAUCCCUCUUCAUAUGGAACUGGAUACUGAGCCUAAAAAGCAGCUAUUUAUUUUGAUCACAUAUUUAAUUGAAAAUCAGAAUAACAUUCUGUAUAAAAAUGUUACGGUCAUUUAGAAACUGAUGUUGCCUUUUAAAGUGCACCUGUCAUUAAAAAGUUAUUCAGUUAGGUGUGAAUUUCAAAUUAUAGGCGAAGAUGGCCACAUUUUUAUUUGAAUAAAAAAUGGCUAUUUUGCCAUAAAACUUUUUAAUUCCUAAGAAUCCACACUGGUAAAUAAGCCUGUAAGUCCUGGUCGCAUUCUAUAUGCCAGGAAUAGGCAGACUCCAGCUAUUGUAGACUACAUUUAUCAUAAUGCUGGCAACGCAUCAAUUGAGAUGUAGUCUACUCCUCUGACAAAGAGAUGAGCAUUAUCCUAAAAUACAUGGUGGGUAAAUAAUCUGGGGAUUCAGUAUCUACCCAUAAUAUAUAUUUUAACCUAUUUAAUUUCUCAACACAAAGUUUUAGUGUUUUCUUAAAGGGACACUAUAGUCACCCAGACCACUUCAGCUCAGUUAAGUGGUCUGAGUGCCAGACCCCUCAGGUUUAAACCCUUCACAUGUAAACAUAAGUUUCAGAGAAACUUAUUUUAGCAUUUGGGGUUAAUCCUGCCUCUAGUGGCUGUCUUCUGGACUGCCACUAAAGGCGAAUUUUGCCUCCAUCGCACAGAGCAUCCAUAGGAAAGUAUUGAGAAAUGCUUUCCUAUGGACACUUUGAAUGCGCGUGCGGCACUUGCCGCACAUUCGGCUCCAAUGACGUCUGACAGGGAGGAGAGGUCACCAGUUAAGGCAAGUGCUUCAGCGCCACGGGAGGGGGACCCUGAGGGUGGGGGGACCCUCGAGGCACUAUAGUGUCAGGAAAACCGCUUUGUUUUCCUGACACUAUAGUGAUCCUUUAAAACACUAAGUAUUUAUUUGGUUGUUCCUCUUCCUAGAUUACUGCUGUUAAUUGUUAGGAAUUUAAAGUAAAUUUAAUUUUUUUGACUACACGACAAAUUAGAAAAAUUCAGUCAGCUAUAUUUUCAGUUCGGUUAUUUUUGCUCUAAGAUUUGAAAAUCAUUUUAAACUCACAAUUUCUUUCAUGAACUGUUAUUUUGGCAUCUGUUUUAUAAUAAAUGUAUAUUUUCUCAUAGCACAAAUACACCUAAACUAUAUUUUUUUUGGGACAUCUGUCCAGUAAAUUGUGCACUCUAAUUUUCAUAAUUUUUGUUCACAGGAGGCAACAUACGUUUAGUUCAAAUAGGAGUAGCCCUUACCCACAUUAGACACAUAGCAUAUGAACUGUACCCUGGCAUUCCAGUCAUCUUCUGCGGGGAUUUUAAUAGCACACCUUCCACCGGAAUGUACAGCUUUAUUACAAAUGGGACCAUCUCUGAGGACCACGAAGAUUGGACCUCGAACGGCGAGGAUGAACGGUGUAAUAUGUCUUUCACUCACCCCUUCAAAUUGAAAAGUGCUUGUGGGGAACCUGCGUACACCAAUUAUGUAGGAGGAUUCCAUGGAUGCUUAGACUAUAUAUUUAUUGAUUCAGAGCGGAUUGAAGUAGAACAAAUAAUUCCAUUACCAAGUCAUGAAGAAGUGACCAGUCACCAAGCUUUACCCAGCGUUUCACAUCCUUCAGAUCAUAUAGCACUUAUAUGUGACCUGAAGUGGUAGUUGAUACACACGGGCAUGUCCUUCAAUUUAUAGAUUACUCAAAUUGUGAGAUGAAGAAAUCAAACUUGCAGUACAAACAUUCUCCUGAAAUGUGUGCAGCUACACAACAGUAAGGCACACAUCAUUGCUUUUCAAAGCUAUCCCUUUAAAUAAAUGAUUUUUAUGCAACAGAUGUCUUGAUGUGAUUAAAAUAUAGUAUUACAAAAAUACUUUCUGCUGUGGAGUGCAUGAUUGGACCAGUUUUGCUUUCCAAAAGUAAUUGGCAGAAGUCAGCUGUAUUGCAAUAGUAAAGGGGCACGAUAGUCACCAGUAGUACUACAUUAAGCUUUAGUGGUUCUGGUGUCUACAGAAUGUCCCUGCUGGUUUUUUUUUUUUAGAGAAAAGGCAGUGUCUACAUUGCUGCCUAGUAAUCUCUAGUGGCAGUCACUCAGACAGGACACUGAAUGUGGCCCACUGCGCUGCAUUGAUUCAGUGCAUUUCAGGGAGGAGAUGCUAGUUUUGCUGUGCAUGAGCAAUAGCCUCCCAAUGCUUUACUAACAGAAUGCAAUAGAUUGGCAGGAACCAAGAUUGAUGAAACCAGCAACAAAGGUAGAGUCAUGUUAGGCCACCACUGUGUGACCAGCACGGCGUUGGAGAAAAGGUUUCAUUCAUGUGUGUUUAGUUUUUGUGGAUUCUUACCACACAAAAUAUUGAAUUCCAUAUAACUAAUGAGCGCACUGUAAUGGUUAGUGUCAGGACUAUAGGGUUGACUUCGCAGAGUAAUUUAUCAAAACAAGUUUAGAAGAUAUUUACAACUUACCUGUGUCCCUUUGGCCCUUGUCCUGCAGGAGAAGCUGGAUGUUAUCACAGGAGUGUGAAUAUUUUUCUUUAAAAAAAAAUACAUGUCCCAGGAACUAAAGUUGUAGCACAAUCGACUAGUCCUGCUAAAAUAAUUUCAAUAUUUGGGGACACCCUUGACUGGGUUAAACGGAUGCCAAACAUAGCUCACCUGGACAAUUUUCCAACUCCUUUAUAGUCACAAGCUAUGGCAAAACUGGGCAAUAAAAUGUCAAGAGAAUUUAAUUUUCUAAAAUUUGGAGUUGAGUUUUUCCUUAUCCUCCUACAUAGUGUAUACUGGGUCAGGUGAAAAGUAUUUGUGUGAGUUGACUGGAUGUAGGAUGGUGUCUGCUGGUAAUGUAUGGGUGCUCUGUUUUGCCCCCACCCUGAUUUGCUUUCCUGGGUGAGAGAUGGUCUAAAGGUCAUAUUCCUCAGCAGUCUAGUGAAGUAGCG